AUGUACACUUAUCUUCAGGCCGAUAUUUCCGAAAAUCACACAAUACCGAGUGAGGCCAGCGAUUUUGUUAAAUUCGUCAAUAAUGCGCCUUCUCCAUUCCAUGCUGUCGAGGAAGCUCGAUUACGUUUAGUUGGAGCAGGCUUCGAAGAGAUUAAGGAACGCGAUAGUUGGGUCGGAAAACUGAACCAGAACGGGAAAUAUUUCUUUACUAGAAAUAAAAGUACCAUUUUGGCUUUUUCCGUUGGUGGUAAAUAUGUUUCCGGAAAUGGUUUUUCAAUGAUUGGGGCGCAUACAGAUUCUCCUUGCUUGAAGAUUAAGCCCAUAUCUAAGAAGUCAUCUGCUGGAUACUUACAGGUUGGGGUGGAAACUUAUGGAGGAGGGAUUUGUACGAAAGAAGUGGAGUCUCUUAACAAUGAUCCAAAUAUUCGUUUGAUCGUAUUGUUUGAUAAUGAGGAGGUCGGAAGUCAGACGGCCCAUGGAGCUGAUUCAAAAUUGUUGGAAGCAAUACUGAGACGACUAACUUAUUCAAAUAUUGGCGCCGAACCUUCUUCAACGGCUUUACCGCUGUUCAUCCGAAUUAUUGGUAAAGCAUUAUAUUUAUUUCAAUUAUUGAUUGGCUCAAAGACUUAUUAUUUGGUGACAAAUAGUGAAAAAUAUGAGGAGAAUCAUAGGCCACAAAUGCAUAAAGGUGUUGUUAUCAAAGUUAAUGCGAAUCAGCGUUAUACAACUACAGCAGCAACUUCAGUUAUAUUGCGCGAGGCUGCAAAGAAAUAUCAAGUGCCAUUACAAGAAUUUUGCGUUAGAGCUGAUAGUGCAUGUGGUUCUACCAUUGGGCCGAUGAUAAGUGCCAACCUUGGAUUACGCACUGUUG